AUGGGUGCUGUGAUGAAGCUGAUAGACACAUUACUCUUCCUCUACUUCUUGGUUAUAGCUGUGAUAGCCCCACUCAUAGACGUCCAGAAUUGCCUCCCUCGAGAUCUCUACCCGGACUUCCUCGUCGACCUCCACGGUUGGUACAGCCGCGAGUUUGGCGAUUACUUGUUCUCUGAGAAACCCAACUUCUUCGUCGGCCUUAUCUGGCUCGAGUUGUUCUUCGUGUGGCCUCUUUCCUUCGCAAAUCUCUACGGCAUUGUGACCGGAAAGGCUUGGUUUAGGACCACCAGCUUGAUCUUUGGCGUUUGCAUUUCUACUUCCAUGGUUGCCAUCUUAGCUGAACUGAUAGGGUCCGGUAGAGCACCAGAUAAACUGUUGAUUUCGUACUACCCAUUUCUGGGUUUAGCUAUUUUCCGUGGUCUGCUACCAGAUUCGGUGACUACUCCGGCAAUCGGCGGCGAAAAACCUGCACUGGUUGCGAAAAAGAGGGCUCGAAAGUUUUCAAUUAAGCAUUUUUCAAUGGCUAUGAGUUUAUGUUCCUGUUGUUGA